ACCAUGCGAGGAAGAUAUUCGAAAGGAUUCCAGGAUAAUACAACAGGAUUACAACUAUUCAGAAAGAAACUACAUCAUUCCAGACAUACUGCUUGGCUCCGGUUUAUUUCUCAAUCGCUCCCAGAAAUCAGUGGAUUUCUACACAGGAUAUGUUGGCGAAAAUUUCAAGAGGCAUCUUGCUCCUUUGCUCCAGCAUGCUGCUGAAACCUAUAUUGUCGGUCCAGAACCAGAUAUGCGACAUGGAGCGGGAAAUAGCUAAAGAGAAGAAGUUGUGUGAAGCUCAGGCUGAAAACAAAACAGCAGGUUGUAACUCCACCUGGGACAGGAUCACCUGCUGGCCCAGCGCCGACGUGGGAGAGGUGGUCACCAUCCCCUGCCCCAAAUACCUCUUUUACUUUUCCAGGGAUAUGACUCCAACAGGUAACCUCUCCAAGACCUGCACUGAGCAUGGAUGGAACCCGAUCAGCAUUAACUUCACUCAGGACUGUGGAUAUAAUCUCAACGGCACGACGGACGAGGAUCAUACAGGAAAAUUCCUUGACGCCAUCAAAGUGGGUUACACCAUCGGUCACAGCGUGUCGCUCGUCUCCCUGACUGUGGCCAUCAUCAUACUCUGCCUCUUCCAGAAGCUGCACUGCACAAGAAACUACAUCCACAUGCAUCUCUUUGUGUCCUUCAUACUGAAAGCAGUGGCUGUGUUCAUCAAGGACGUGGUUCUUUAUGAUGUGGGCGAGACGGUCAAUUGCCAGUCACCUUUGGUUUGCAAGGCGGUGGUGGCCUUCUUCCACUAUGGGAUCAUGGCGAGCUUCUUCUGGCUGCUGGUGGAGGGCCUCUAUCUCCACGCUCUGUUAGCCGUCUCCUUCUUCUCUGAAAGAAAGUACUUCUGGUGGUACAUCCUUAUUGGUUGGGGGGCUCCGACCAUCUUCAUCUCAGCCUGGGUGAUUACGAAGGCUUAUCUAAAUCACCCUGGAUGCUGGGAAAUCAUUCACGACAGUCCAUGGUGGAUCAUCAAAACCCCCAUUUUAGUAACUAUACUUGUGAACUUUUUCCUCUUCAUGUGUAUCAUCCGGAUUUUGCGACAGAAGAUGAACUGCCCUGAUAUCGGGAGGAAGGAAUCCAAUCAGUACUCGAGGCUGGCUAAAUCCACUCUCUUGCUGAUCCCGCUCUUUGGCAUUAACUACAUCAUUUUUGCCUUCAUCCCCGACCACAUACAUCCACAAGUGAGGCUGGUGUUUGAUCUCAUUCUGGGCUCGUUUCAGGGUUUCGUCGUUGCAGUGCUGUACUGCUUUCUGAACGGAGAGGUGAGUAAAUUAAAGCUCAACAGCGCAGCUUUUCCUUCGCUGUGUUUAUCUGCCUCUCCAUGUCGGCUGCAGGUGCAGUCGGAGAUCAAGCGUAAGUGGCGCAGAUGGAUGCUGCAGAGGUUCCUGGGUGCAGACACCAAAUACCAGCAGCCCUCCAUAGGGAGCAACGGUAACAACUUCAGCACUCAGAUCACCAUGCUGACCAAAUGCAGCCCCACCACACGCCGGACUUCUGCGUGCCAGGAGCACCUCUCCACUAUCUGAUGUGUGGCUUUUGAAAUGCAGUAAAUAUUGGCUCCCGAGGGUCAGUUCAAUGUUUUAAUACGGAAGCUUAUAUUGUUUGCUGGAGGUAAAUUAACAGCCACAAAUGAUGAGUUACAAAUGACUGUAACCACAAUAUAGAAACACCAGAAACAGGAACAUUCCUGCUGGACUCUGCAAAAGAAGCUUUGAAUAAUGAGCAGCUUUCACGAUAGUGGAGGUUUUCUGCACAGAGAGAUUGGCAUGUGAUAGAGGCCAGUGCUGCGACGAAGAGACUAGCUCAUUUUCCAGCGUAAUGCUUCACUGAAAUCACAAGAUGAGUCAACUCAAACUAGCUGCUGGAAAGAUGCAGAAAUUCGAUUGUCAGUGUCAAUUUACCGCAGUCCAGAAUGUCUUUCACAACACGAUUAUCACUGCAAGCGACUUAAAAAGACCCGGGGGGAGGACUCCUGGCUGGUGUUUUCCAUGAUGUUAAGCGAUAGAUUGAAUAAAAGCCAGAGACUAGCAGCAUCCUAUAAGAAAUGAGAUGUUUAUUAAAAGGGUGUGUUAUACAAGAGGACUCCAACCACUUAGCCUAAUGGCUCAUGUUGCUUUGGGGACCGUUGGAGGUGACUCUGCGGGACUUAACAGUGGUCACAGGGGGGAAAAAAACUAUGGAUUAAACCACGUACUGGUUGUUUCUGUCUUGUCUAUGACAGUUUUACGUGAGAAUACACUCCAUUGAAUUUACUGUCGAGUGACGUUCCAGAAAAGAAGACUAAAGCUUCAGCUGGUGAACAUGUUCUCUCAGAUUUCAGGGUCUUGUCGCUUUUGUCUUGGAUGCCUGGUUUCCCAACAGACGCAGCAGAUGUGUUCACUUAUUACUCCCCAAUUCACAGAAUUGUAAAUAAAUAUGUGGAAAGAAUAACUAACUUCCAUUAGCUGGAUGAAUCAUUCCACUGCUUCUCUUCUCUUCAGCACAACAACAACAUCAUAUGUUUUCACUUUUUUUUUUUUUCUGGUGAUAACCUGACAUGACUAAAGUAAGAAUGUUGCCAUUUGCAGGUUUCACUGCCGCACACGAGCUACGACAUAUUUUCUGAUCAUAGUGUUGUCAGCCAACUGAUUUGCAUGUAUUAGAUAUUUAGCAAAUGAAAGGGUUACUGUCAGGCUUCUGCAACUCGAUAUGAUUACUGAUUCAUUUGAGCCGAGCUGCAGUCUGGAGCCUGGAGCAGGACGGCACAUUAUUAAACAUGAGGAGAAGUAGCUCUCCAGCACCAUGGCUAUGCAUGUUUUCAUUUGUCCAGGGAAGAGGCCUCUCUUACUUGGACAAAUGAGCAGCCAGCCUCAUCAAGGGAACAGCAUGAACUGAUGAAACCUCUGAGAUAAAAAAAAAAAAAAAAAAAAAAGUCUUCCUGACCUGAAUCUUCAGAAAAA